AUGGCCGACACGGAAGGGACGCAUCCGCUGCAUACGGCGUGGAGCAUAUGGGAGCUCUGUGAGAUGUCGAAGGAGAACUACGCCAACAAACUGCACAACCUAUACAUGUUCAAGGCAGUCGAGGACUUCUGGGGAUACUGGAAUAACCUGCCCAGCCAAGUGCUCAACGCUUCUUCACCGAUUUACUGA